CGAACGGAGGGUUUGCACAGACUGGAGAGAGCUGGAGAGAUCUACUGGAUGAAGGACACGUACACUGCUGGUGCCAUGGACGAGCCUCUCUGGACCUCAGUGUCAGGUGGAGCCCUGCAGUAAGAUGCUCGAGUCUAUGUUUGUCUGCAGUUCCCCUCCUGUGACCUCUCACCUUUGGCUGCUCAUUCUCUCCUGCUCUCUUCAUGGUCAACCAGCCCUGUCUGACCUGGUGUUCUCCACCCAUCCAGAGGAUGGUGUUGGUGUACUGGGUGCUCCCCUCACACUGUACUGUGCAGUGUAUGACUCCAGCAGCCAGGGGGAACUGUCUGUUAGAUGGGAGAGGGCCAGUGGAGAGCCAGCAGCAUUGACUCCUGGUCCUGGCAGAGGGAUCCACCAAUUGGCCAACGGAUCUCUGUUCUUCCCCAAGCUGAGAGAGGGGGACCUAGGGAGAUAUGUCUGUAGUGCAGGCAUUGGAGCCAAACACAUCAUGACUGUUGUCCAAGUGAUGGAAGCUGACCUGGAGGUGGUGUUCUUCAGUCCUCAGUCUCAGACAGUCAGUGAGGGUCGGCCAGUGUUCCUCCAGUGUGUCUCAGGGGACAGCUCCCCCCCAGCACACAUCACCUGGCUCAAAGACAACACACUCUUCACCAAAGGCGCUCAGAUUCAGGGUCAAUAUGGAGGGGGUAACCAGAGGAAGACCUCAGGCACUCUUCACCUCUCUAAUGUCUCAAUAGAGGACGAGGGGGAAUACGUCUGUGUCACACACAACACCUUACUGAACACCAGCCGGGAAAGCAAGGCAGCUACACUCACAGUACAAGGAGUCCCUACAAGGCUGCAGAUCACUCAGGGCCCUGACAACAUCACAGUUGCCAUAGAGACGGAGGCCUCCAUGGGCUGUGUUGUCCGAGGCUUACCGCCUCUCACAGUGCAAUGGUUCAAAGACAGCCAUCUCCUUGUGAACAACUCUGGCUUGAGUCUGCAGAACAAGGGACAGCUGCUUGUUUUCAAGAACGUGUCUGAGGAUGAUGAGGGUUCCUACCACUGUGAGGCCAGGAAUAAGAGGGAGACAGUCAGGUCUAAGACUGCCUUUCUCCUUCCAACAGUGAUGGGGUGGACCUUUGUCCAGCAGCCUACCAACAAGUCUGUGAGGAUGGGGGAGUCUGUUACACUGGUUUGUAGACCCCCCUACAGCAGGCCUCCAACAACAGUGUCCUGGUUCAAAAACAACCGCCUCCUCGCUCCCAAGACACACUUCACUGUCAGGCCUAGUGGAGACCUCAUCUUCCACAGUGUCUAUGACACAGACAGUGGAGUCUACUUCUGCAGAGCAUCCAAUGUCCACCUGUACAGAUCUGUGACCUCCAGAGCUGCCAGACUGACCGUUCUGGCAUCUCCCUCGGUGAGGCUGUGGCCACAAGUGGUGACAGUCCCUGUAGGGGCCCAGGUGGUGUUCCAGUGCCAGGUCUGGGGACAGCCCCUCCCCUCCAUUGUCUGGUCCAAACAGGGACGCUCCAUUCAGACUGGUGGCAAGAUCGCUGUGGGCGUGAGAAACACUACCCUCUACAUCCUGUCUGUCAGGAGCUAUGAUGAGGGCACGUACACUUGUGAAGCCUCCAACACUGUGGGGCAUGACCGGAGAACAGCUACUUUACGUGUCGCUGUAAGCCCCAUCAUAGUGUCCUUCCUGGGGGCAGUGAGCAGCUCAGAGGGGUCCUAUGUGGUCCUGCCAUGCAGGGCAGUGGGGGACCUCCCCAUCAGGUACACCUGGACCAGGGGACACUCCAUCACCCCAACCCUGGAGAGGCAUGUAGAUGAUGAGGGGGCUCUGCAUAUCUCCAGUGUUCAGGUGUCUGAUGCAGGGGACUAUCACUGUACCGCUGAGAACAUAGUGGGACGACAGCAGAGAAGAGCCACCCUCACCAUCUCUGCUGAAGAUGACCCAGCUGAUAGAGAAAGGCAGCAUAGACAGAUUGUAUCUGCAGUGAGUAAUAAUGAGGUUCCAAAGACUGAAGCAGAGCAGAGAACUCCCCUGUCCAGUAAUGACCUGAGUCUAGUUCAGCAUUCUGAGAUGACCCACUCACGUGUCUCCCUACAGGGAGGAAGCACAGUCCGAGCAACUCAAAGAGACUCAAGCAAUGACAUCCCCCAAGUGUCUACUCCUGACACUCUACGACUGCUCUCGUCUCUCAGGCAGACAGCUUUAGGACUAGCAGGUCUCUACAGAGGACAAACAGGACUGCUGGUUCCACCUGAAAUUCACUCUCUGCACCCAUUUGACCUGGCCUCGGCCAAUCCAACCCAGUCCCCAGUCACACAGAUCCAGCAUCCAGUGCUACAACCCCUACCUCCACCUCUAUUUGAACCCUUAGACCUACUCACCCAGCCUUCAGUAACUCAUAGAGUCAUCUCACUCACUCAGAUUCAAAUAAUACCUAACCAGCCAACAUUAACACACAACCCACCCCCAGUGACACAACGGCAGGUUUUAGUCCCAGAUAGCCAAUCUCCAUUAACACAGUCCAUAUCCCAAAGCCUCCACAACCAGCCAUCAGUCAUGCAUAUCCAGCGUCAAGUCACUGAGCAACCAAUUAAACCCCUAAACCACAUCGGCAGAUUUACCCAGUCUCUGGUCUCACUCCCGCAGCUUCCAGACUCUUCCAGCCACCCGUCUGAUCCCUUUACCCAGCGUCCUGAUUCUCCUACCCAGCCCAAAGAACCUUUGACUCAGUCUCUACUCAUUCACAGCCUGCAUGCUCCCGACUCAAUCGCUCAAACCCACCAUCCUGUACCUCAAAGUAAUCCUUCAGACCCACAUAUCCAGGAUCCUAGCACCAUCACCCUGUUUUCACGCUCACAAACUCAACCAUCCAAAACUCAGCCUCAAACAUCACCAACCCAGCAUGAACCUACACAAACCCAGCGUACAGAUCUCCUCACCCAGCCUUCAGGCUCAAACACCCAUCUUCCUGACCUGAUCACCACACCCCCCACCCCUGACCCCCAGGGCCCUAGUGCCCCCUAUGCCUCCACCCCAGACCCCCUGCAGCAGAACACGAGCCAGCCUGCUAACCCAGCUCAUCCAGCCAAACCAACCAGGCCCAAUGACACAGAGCCCACAGAGUGGCUGAAGAGGAACACCUCUCAGUCCCCCAUGAGGACCAAUGAGGACCCCAGAGUAAAGCCUCCUCCUCCGUGGCUUCCAGUCCUGGAGAAACAUGACAUCCCCAUCGUGGUGGGAGUGGGUGUGUCUAUGGCCUUCAUCUUCAUCACCAUGGCCUUCUACUCCCUGGUCCAGAAGAACGAGCCUGUCCCCACUAUUAGAACCUUGUCUUCCACAGUUCCCAGGAACCUGGGCAUCCCAUGCAGACAUGCUGAACGUCUGGACACUGGGAGGACCUAUGAGAACAGGGCAUUUGAGGAUGAUGAUUUGGUGGCUGUGAUUGAACAAAGCCCCAACACAUCAGAUACACGCGCCAGGCCUCCUGCCCCCAGCCCAGUCACUGUGAUGAUAGACCCUGCCUCUGAUGACACACAGCCCCCGCACACUCCAGAACACUCGUUCAUAGCAGAGACCUAUCUUGAGCCCAGCGAAGACACACAGGUUGACCACUUCCUGGAUGAAGAGAAGGAAUGCAGCCUGUCUCACCCCAGUAUCCAGCUGCAGUGUGUGGAGGACUGGGGGGGCGGAGGAGUAGAAUACGGACAAUGCCAGGGCCAAGAAAUCCUACCCCAUCCCCCCUCUCUCUCUCCUUCCCCACCUCCUGUGCGUGAGGAAAGCCUGCGCUCCUCCCUGACCCUCCAGACAGCUGAGCCCUAUGCCACACCGGUCCGCCACAGUGUCAGCAUCUGCCACAGUAAUGCCCCCCUCCUCCUCUCCCACUGCAUCUCCCUGGGCCUUACCACCGUCGCCGUUGAUGUCCACUUCUACCCAGCAGCCCCUGCUUCCACCACCACGACUGUGGCAGCCGUCACCCAGAUCAAUGCUACCACCGCUACUGCACCAGGGCCCCAGCUCAGCUCCCGAUUGGCCCACAGUCAGGAGCAUGACCAAUCGGCUCCUACCGUGCGCCAGAGUAAGUAACUAGAUAAAGAGGGAAAGGCAGAUGGAGAGAUUAUUCCAACACAGAUGUUGCCAUUAGUCUCCACUGGAGAGUUUGGCUGGAUUGUUGGUUGUCUUCACAUUUCAACUGUCUUGUUCUGACGAUGGUGAGGAGAAUGUGUGUGUAUCAAAAAGAGGGAUCCAUCUGGAUUCUGGAACCAUCCACUGAAGACUAUAGGACAACUGCCUUUACUCUGAUGCCUUUAAUCAACCUAAAAUGCUCUACACAUACUGUACCAGUCAGCUACAAAUGUGUAAAUUUUUAUUUAUUUUAUCUUUAUUUAACCAGGCAAGUCAGUUAAGAACACAUUCUUAUUUUCAAUGACGGCCUAGGAACAGUGGGUUAACUGCCUGUUCAGGGGCAGAACGACAGAUUUGUACCUUGUCAGCUCGGGGGUUUGAACUCGCAACCUUCCGGUUACUAGUCCAACGCUCUAACCACUAGGCUACGCUGCCGCCCCAAUAACAAAGUAAUGUCAAUGUAUUCUGUUUCUGUCCUUCGCAAAGAAAAAUCACGAGAAUAAUUUAUUCAUAUACAUUAUUUCUGCUCAGUUUAUUUUCUUACUACUGAAGCCUUUGAAUAGGGAAACAAUGUAUUAUGGCUUCAAUGUGUAUUACAAAUGUCCUUUACAUAAUGGUUCUUUAGACCUAAAAUAAUGCAUUCAUAGGAAGCAAAAACAAUGUAAUAUAGGCAAAAAAAGUAUUAACUGCUUCCAUAAUCCUCUACAUGCCAUGGUUUCUGACUUUACUGAGUAUAUCGUGUUGUGUACAUGUCCAUUAUAUUUAUAUACUUCAUAAACUAGUUUGAAUGUGCAAAUACAUUUUUAUCAGUUGUAUAUUCUACAAUGAAAAAAGCCAAGGAGAAAACAGCGGUGUACAAAAUAUUGCAAUCUUUGUUGCUGUACACUUCCUAUUCAGGUAACCCCCCCCCCCCCCCUCUGUUGGGCCAUAAACAGACUGUUACUUCUGUGCUGAAACCAAAGGAAGAUGUUAUGAUGACAGGGCUGAAGUCCCAACUGAGACCCAGCGGACCCAAAAUUGAGAUGAUCAGUGAUUUUGUGUGUUCAUUAUCUGGAUCAGUUAACUUUAUGUUCAGUGAAAUGUCUCAAUUUCAUGAAUUUCCUUUUCUACCACCAUGAAUUCAUCCCUCAGACAUUACUGUGUAACAAUUUAGAAUUGUUUUUUUAUCAUUGUAUUUGUUUCAACAACAUGUACCGUAUCAAUUGUUCCUAACAAUGACAAUGUCAACAGAAGUGAUCGUAAACAAAGUUUUUUAUUUUGUAAUAUUACAUAUUUAUUUUGGUGUAUAAAUAUAUCAAUCUUUAGUGAUCUUGUUACCUUUGUAUGGGUGAUAAAAUAGCAACUAAAAAUAUGAAAGUUAUUUGAAACAGAUAUAACAUUCACAUACUGUAAAGUAAAACAAACAAAAACAGUACUGUAUCAAAUAGAUGUUUUAUUUACUCAAGAAUGGCCAACUAUAAUACUGCUGUACUUCAUUUGACAAUAUUCUGUUAUACAGUUUCCAAUGUGAUUUUCAUUUCUACCUUUUCGCAAAAAUACUGUUAAAUCAAUGACCAUAGCUAGAUCAUUAUGGAUGUACUGUAAUGUAGACCUAAAUUAAUAUCAAAUAAACCUUAUUACAAACUA